AUGGAUUUUCUCAAAAGCCUAGAUAGCACCUCGCGGAUUGGGCUUGUGUUGAUCGCUGCCAGCGCAGUCUACUUGAUUCUCAGCCGGUUAUCCAACAAAUCCCUAUUGAGCAAAAUAUCCCUACGCGGCCGCAAAGAUUCCACAGCCAGAACCCCUCCACGAUCCAUAUCUCCAGACCGAAAGCAAGCCAAUAGCACCACAUCACCAACAAGCUAUAACCAUGCCCUUCCACCGUCGCGUAGAGAAGCGCUCCUCCAACAGAAAGGGGCUGUUAUACGUUGGAAAGAAGUUGAUGAAUCCGAAAUGCGCCAGAACCUCUUACCCAUGACAGCCGACUUUAGGACAAGCCCAGGAAACUUAUACACACCGACUGGCUUUUCUGUCGAUGACGUGAAAGCUUUAGGAGAUUUUCCAGACUAUACAGCACUCAGUGGAGUUCCACUCCCCAAGCCCUAUCCUGAACAUCAACUCGAAAAGGCAUUACCCCGCCCAUAUCGCCCUUUCCGAUGGUCUUAUCAUCAAACAAUGUCGUUGACAAAGCUAGAAACGGAUUGGUGGAUCGAGCUUGAGAGCACGUACAAGAGCCGCAUUACUCAACGUAAAGAGCUUUUUGCCAAAAAUGGAAAGGCCGUUCUAGAUGCCCUCCCUGGCUCCGAACUUGCAUGCAAAGAGCUCAUGGAAAUGGUUCUGCAAUACAUAUGUACCAGAUACCCGCAGUAUUUCACACUAGUGGACAAGCGGAUAUUGAAGAAUCGCAUCCUCGACACUGAGCAAGAUAUUCGGGCCAAGCCACCACUUGAAAUUCUUCUUGACAAUGUCCCGGAGGAUUUUGCACUCAUGCUGAGGGAUGACGAGACAGGAUUUUAUUUUCUGCGUGCGGCUAUAAUCUGUUCGGCACUUGGUUGGAAUGUUGCCUCCAAAAUCGGACGUCAGUUGCACCAAAUUCAUGCGCCGAUCCCAGAUUAUAAGGAAAAGAUGCAAUUUUCAAUGGACCGUUUCUUCACAAAAAUGCCGACAGAAAAGCCGAUUCAACGAGGCUCAUGGGGUCUCGAAGUCGGGGAGCCACUGUACAUGCCCCCAGGCGAUCCGCACGAGGAGCUUCGGAAAGCUCAAGACCCAUAUUUGACAAUCGAUGACUGCAACCUGCGGGUAGACUGGCAGACCCUCCGUCGUCUUCCACUCUCUGCGUCUGUGGUUUUCAACUUCAAGGCAGUGUUCAGUCCUAUCACAGAAUUCCGCGAUGAGCCUGGCGUCCCUGCACUGGUAGCAAAGGUCGUGACAGAGGGAAAGAAGAACCUCAUGGAGUAUAAGGGUGUAUGGCAUGUCCAGCAUGUUAUUUUACCGAAGUUGAAAGAGUGGGCAAAGGAGCAGGAGGAGAAAGGUCUUACGCCCAAAGAUUGGGAGGUGGCCACGCUGGAUGAUAGCCCGUGGUACGAAGGCUGGAAAGAGAAGUGGCAUCGACAGCAAGGAUUUUGA